AUGACAACUUCACGUCUUUCACAUCUCUUAUAUCCUCCACGUGGAAGUUACGCUGUUGGAGUGACGCGAAAUUGCUCCAAUUUGUCACUUGCAGAAAAAAACGAAUUAUAUGCGACAACUUUAAUAAAACAUAUUCAAGCUCUACGUGGAAUAUCAUCUUCUAUGAUUCAAAGCGAUAACGAUAUAAAUAUAUAUUCAUUAUAUAAGAAUUUGAAUUUUGUAAUUCGUCCAAGAUGGAGAGACAAAUAUCAGAUUGGUCAAGAAGAAAUUGAACGUUUUAUCAUUCAUAUGGCAAAAUCGAAAAACGCUAUUGGUUUAUUUGUCACAAAUAUUGGUUUCAAGGAUGAAGCG